AUGAGGGCAAUACUGUUGGCUGUGGUUUACAUCCCGCUCAUUGUGGCUGUGGAACGAAUCCCCUUGAUUCGAUUCAAAUCUAUCAAGAAACAGCUGAAGGAAAAGGGAGAAUUAGAGGAAUUUUGGAGGAAUCACCACCCUGAUGUAUUUGCCCGGAGGUAUCUGCAUUGUUUCCCUGCAGAUAUUGCUUUAUCAGUAGGAACUGCUUCAGAAAGGCUGUAUGAUUACAUGAAUGAAGAAAUAGAAUCCUACUGUAUAGUUGGAUAUUCUCUUAAAUGGAAUGCUCUCUUGCCUUUUCAAGAUUAUCUCAUUCAGACUGUCAGAAACGUCAGUUUAUUAAUUAACGAGUAUGCACUUGAAGGGGCUGUGGCGCGCUCCCAGUCAGGGCCGCUCCUCAGGGCGGGGCCGGCGGGAGGCCGCGCGGGGCUGAGCGCGCUGUUCCUCGCACAGGCGCAGUACUACGGCGUGGUGAGCGUGGGGACCCCGCCCCAGCGGUUCACCGUCGUCUUUGACACCGGCUCCUCCAACUUCUGGGUCCCGUCCGCGUACUGCAUCAGCGAGGCCUGCAGGGUGCACCAGAAAUUUAAGUCCUUCAAGUCAGAUUCAUAUGAGCACGGAGGGGAAGCCUUCUCCCUGCAGUAUGGCUCAGGACAUCUCCUGGGCAUUGCUGGCAAAGACACACUGCAGAUAAGUAACAUCUCCAUCAAGGGACAGGACUUCGGCGAGUCUGUGUUUGAGCCAGGAACAACUUUUGUCCUUGCCCACUUUGAUGGUGUACUGGGCUUAGGCUACCCCUCCUUAGCAGUGGGCAAUGCUCUGCCUGUGUUUGACAGCAUCAUGAACCAGAACCUGGUAGAGGAGCCAGUCUUCUCUUUCUAUCUGAAAAGAGGAGACGACACUGAGAAUGGUGGUGAGUUGAUUCUGGGGGGAAUAGACCACUCUCUCUACAAAGGUUCAAUCCACUGGGUCCCAGUCACUGAGAAAAGCUACUGGCAAAUACACAUGAACAACAUAAAGAUCCAGGGCCGGGUGGCAUUUUGCUCCCACGGCUGCGAGGCCAUCGUUGACUCAGGCACUUCUCUUAUCACCGGCCCCUCUUCACAAAUCAGGCGAUUGCAGGCAUAUAUUGGGGCAAGUCCAUCAGAUACUGGAGAGUUUCUCGUAGACUGCAGAAGACUGUCGAGCUUGCCUCACAUUAGCUUCACGAUCGGACACCGCGAAUACAAGCUGGCAGCAGAGCACUACAUCAUAAAGGAGUCUAUUGAUGACCAAACCUUCUGCAUGAGCGGCUUUCAGUCUCUCGACAUCCCCACUCGCACGGGCUCGCUCUGGAUUUUAGGAGAUGUCUUCAUGUCUGCAUUUUACUGUAUUUUUGACCGUGGGAAUGACAGAGUGGGAUUUGCAAAAGCUGUUCACAGAAAGGAUUACUACUGAGCUGUAAUAGGAUUUAUUCUGUCUUAAGUUAAUGUAAUGAUCUUCAACACAUGUGUGAAGAAGACCUUUUACUGCAACUCUGGACCUAAAUGACAUUGUGUUGUUCCUCUCUAAGUUUUAAGGACUUUGCAGUGAUCCUUGUCCCAGAUGAUAUAGUUUGGUUAAAUAUUUAUAUGUUUACAUUGGUGAAACAAUUUUUCCUGAAUAGUUCAUGGACACUGCAGCUCUCAGGAUAAAGCAGCAGAGCAGCUCAGCACUCAGAUUUGCAAAAGAUCAGGAAGAAUAAAAAUGCUCAACUGCGCCAGGCUGAAAAGAUAGCAGUUGUGUGUGGGGAAAACUAAUCCUAAUCAUGCCUGUCUGGCUAUCUUUUUUUCUUCUUGUGUGCUUGUUUCCUACA